AUGGCGACGACCAAGAGCCGUCGCAGUUCCAAGCUGCCGACGCCGAUGCCACCACCGCCCAGGACGCUAUGGUCUGCCUUCAUGGAGGCCGUCGAGGCGAGUGCGAGCGCGGCCGCCAUCACGCGAUGGCCCACCAACGCGGCGAGUCCGGGCAGCUACAGCUGGCUCGAGUACGCCGGCCAGGCGGCCGACUUUGCACGGAGCUUUGUGGCCAUGGACCUCGCCCGCAACGACGCCGUGCUCUUCCAGAUGACCGCGCACCCAACCGCUUGUACCUUUAUCAACAUGGGCGUGAUCGGCGCCGGCGCGCUCGUGUGCCACUGGCGCGUCCAGCUGCAAGAAGUGCAGUCGAUGUGGCACUCGUUUCCUGGCUUCAAAUGGAUCGUCACGGACGCCGCGCCGCUGCUACCCGACUAUGCGCUCCUCCCGCACCUCGCUGGCAUCGUCUACGUCGGCUCGUCCCGCACCGUGCUGCCAUCGACCGACGUGCCCACCUACUCGGUCGACCAGUUUCUCGAGCUCGGCAAGCUGCAUCCGGACGCAAGCCUCGAGGCUCUACAGCAGCUUGUGCGACCCAACGAUGACUGCCUCGUUUCGUAUCAAUAUGCACCCGACGGCCACCUUGUGCAAUAUGUCUUGACGCAUGACAAUAUUCUCUUUACAGCCGCGCAGUUGGCCGAGGGUCUGCAGAUCGACGUGGGACCCACCGAUCGCAUCAUUGCCUACCUCCCGCUGCACUUUGUGUCGUCGCAAGUCAUCGAGUGGUACCUCUCGAUCGCAGUCGGGGGCGGUCCCGUCUUGUACUGCGUGGAAGGUGACGCGUCGCCGUCGACGCUCAAGCAGAUCCAACCCACGCUCUUCUUUGGCACACCUGCCACAUGGACGGCGCUGGGCCGCCAGCUCGUCACCAUCAAAGCCCAAGCCCACUCGGUGCUGUACGCCUGGGCCAAGACCCGCGCAGUGCACCACGCGGCCAAGCUGCAAGUGGGCGGUCCCCGCAGCAAGGCAAAGCCGUCGCUCGGUCACUCGCUCGCCAACAAACUGGUGCUGGCGUCCAUGAAGAAGAAGCUGGGCCUCGACAGCUGUCGCUUCUGCGGUGUCGUCCUCGCCAAGCUCGCGUUUGACAAGAUCGAGCUCUUUAGCACGGCGGAUUUACCCUUGUACCAACUCGAUGGGUCGGUCGAAACGUCGGGCGUUGCCAGCGUCAACGCACCGAAUGCGUGGGCGCUCGGCUCCAGCGGCAAGCCGCUCCCAGGGACGAUCAUCUCGCUCGCCGAGUCGCCGAGUGGCACCGAGUACCAGCUGUGCUACAAGGGUCGCAACGUCUGCAACCACAUUCGAGGCGCCGACAAUGCGUGGCACAGCUACCAGUACGGCGGCCUCAACCCGGUCGGCUACGUCGUCAUCAACCACCACAAGGAAUUCAUUAUCCUUGCGUCCGGCGAUCGCAUCCCUCCCGCACCCUACGAAGCUCUCCUCCUUCGGCGGGCCCCGUACCUCCAGCGCGCGGUCGUGGUGGGAGAUGGCCACACGUAUCUGACGGUCCUCCUCGUCCUCAAGACUAAGAAGGACAAGCUCGUCGACGAAGCCAUCGAGAAAGGCCGGACGCUCGGCAGCAAAGCACUGACCAUCGCAGAGGUGCUGCGGUGUCCGAUCUGGGCUGUGGCACUGGACCAGCUGCUCGAGCAGGUCAACCAAGCGCCGCUCGCGACCCUCGGGGAUGCAGCAGGCACGCCGUUUGGUCUUGUCGCGGUCUUUCCGCUGCGCAAAUGGCUGCUGCUGCCGGCGGACCUCGGGCCGCCCGAGCUAUCGCCCGACGGCGACGUUGUCCAUCGGCAUGUCGUCGCCAACAAGUAUGAAAAGCUCAUCGAGACGUUGUACUAA